CACAUCCACAUUCCAUCUACAUCAACACACACACACACACACACACACACACACACACGCACACCUACACAACAAUAACAGCAACAACGACUGCAAAAAAAACAUGGAAGCGAUCGUCUCUAUUUUCGGGUCCAAUUCUGUGACCCUCACCUUCCCCGAGUCGUCCUCGCCCAGUCUUCUGGACCUUAAGCAACAACUCCAUGACCUGUACCAGAUCCCCAUCGAGGACCAACGGAUUCAAACCGCGGGUGGAUGGCCUCUCUCGACCGGAAACGAUGAGGACGAUGAUCAGGUCCUUUUGUUUGAGGAUGAGUCCUCAUUGGAGAAGGCGACACAGAUGCGUCUAAAGUGUUUUGGGUUGACGAUGCGGUUGGGGGGUGGUAAGGGAGGCUUUGGGAGCAUGCUUCGUGCACAGGGAGGUCGGAUGUCUUCACAGAAAUCGACCAACACGGACGCGUGUCGGGAUCUGAGCGGCAGACGUAUCAAGACUGUGAACGAGGCGAAAAAGAUCGCGGAAUAUGUUCAAAAGGAGCCAGAGCGUCAGAAGGCCAAGAAGGAAUCCCUGAAACGCAAGAUUGAGGAGAAACUCGAGCUGGCUGAACGACCGACUAGGAAGCAUCGGUUCGAGGAUUCGAAAUUCUUUGACGAGUCCGAGGAACAGGUCGAGGGUGUGAAGAGCGCAGUUGCGGCUGCUAUCAAGGAGAGCAUGAAAGCUGGAGCGACAGGAAAGGCUGUGGAUACCAAGGGAAAGGGCAAGGCUAAAGAGACUGUUGUUGUUGCGGAGAAGAAGAAAUCCGCAAAGUCGUUGGGCAUGUGGUAAAGUUCUUGGAGCAUAGAUUAUGCAAGGCGACAGAUAAUACGGAGGGGCAGAGGUUUCGUUUGCUAAAAGACUUGUGUAUAUCCAUAUCUAAUACUUUUGCUUUUUUUUUUUCCGGAAUAAUAGGGAUGAUAUGUCUGACUACGAGUCGACAGAGAACGAGGAGGAUGACGAAGACAACGAGGACGAUGAUGAUGACGAGGAGGAAGAAGGUGAGAACGAGGAUUCGGACGAAGGAAAGGUUCCCAGUGUUGGAUCAUCUUCAUCUUCCUCAGCAUCCAAGUCUACGAAGGCAUCCAAGGCCAAGGCCAAGGCCAAGUAAUUGACCGGGUAUAAGGAACACAUUGUUGAAGCAGAAUUCAUUUGGAACUUGUAAUACAUAUCACUACCGACACCAAUUGUACUUUAAUAAAUAUUGAGGC